UGCAGCGUUGCAUGAACUCAAUUCAGUCGCGUGCUUGAAACAGAAAGUUCAACUCACCUUACAUUUUUUAAAUAAAUUCAUCAAAAGCAAUAAAAAAGCCUUACGGAAAUAGUUAGGAAACGGGCAACAACAACAACCAAAACUGAAGUAGCAUUAGCUUGAACUCAAAAAUUAAUAAACUCUGAAACACCAUCGAAAUCGUUAAUUGAACUCUUAUUGUAUUUAUCAGCUUUUGCCAAAAAACGGUGUCAAACGCGGCCUAGAAAAAGAUAUAAAACUAAAGUCACCCCAAAAAAGAAAUUAAAUUCCAAGCACGUUGCAGACAAAAUUACGCAAACAACCAACUAUAUAUAAAAACGGAAAAAACUAAAAAAGAAAAACAACUGGCAGCAAACUGCAGCAGCAACUACGAUUUGAACAGCUGACAAACGUUCGAUGAACGUUUCGGGUUACACAAAUGCAGGCAAAGCUCUUGGCUAACUCCCAAUCGAGGUAAUACGAGGCGGCUAAGAGCUUUUCCCAGCUCCCAGCUGAACUUGAAAGUGAAAGUGAAGAAAGAGGGGAACCGCCGUGAGAAAAAGAAAGAGAUAAAGACCAAGGCUUGAGCCACGUUUUUCGUGUUUUUUUUUAAACAAUUGCCGCUGUUGCUGGAGUGUUUUCCAAAAACCUCUCAGAGCAUCAGUCAAGGUCGUCUGGAUAAAAAGUUAAGCUUGUAAAUAUCAAUAUGAAUAACGCCAAGGAUCACGAGCAGGAGCAGGAGCAGGAUCAGAAGCAGGAGCACACCCAAAAGCAGGAGGUGUACGAGGUAAAGGCACCACACGCCGGAGCCGAGGGUCACACCUUCCUAGUAAGUCCUGUGGAUCCCACACCAAUCCUAAAACCUAUACUCACCGCUGUGCCUGUGAUGAAGCCAAGGGAAUCCCCUCCAGCAAUGGUGAAACCCAGAGAGGAGCCUAAAGAGGAUGAGGAGGAGCUGCCCUGUUGCAGUUCCCAGGCUGUGGUGCCACUCUCCUCAUCGCUGCCCUGCAAGUUGCUACGCUUUCAUGCCAAGCGAUCAGCUCAGGCUUUGCUCCACCAAAUGGAAUCCCUAGACUCUCAGCUGGGCAGCAGCAAUGGCAGCUCCUCGGAGGACACUUCCCCGAGUGCACCACCCAUGUCGCCCACAGAUCAACAGCUAGUGGACGUGGGCAUGGGCUCAUCCAUAGGCGAUUCCGAGGAGUCCUCGGAGGAGGGAGACGAACUCAAGCCCCUGGCUGUGGACAAUCACAUAAUGCAUGACGUGGAUCUAAGCGAGCGACAGAACUCACCUCCAGCGGUGCUGAGCGAGGCCAACUUGGAGAAGUUCCGCAAGCACCAGAUGGACAACAUCUAUCUGCAUCCCAACUUCAGUCUGGAUGCCUCGCCGCCGCCAGCUGUGGCGCCCGCCAACUCACCUGUGCUGGAGGCCAAGCGGACGCAUCGCUCGUUCCUUGCCCUCAAGAAGGAAAAGGAGGAGGAGCAACCCAAUGAGCUGGAGCAUCGUCAUCAGCCAGAGAGGGACCUGGCUAGUCCCCAGGGAGCCAACGAGAUUGACAGCCUGGAUCCAUCGCUAAUUCCCAGUGAGGAACUUGCUGCCGAGAUCACCGAAGCUGUGGAGUUCUAUUUCUCCAACGAGAGUAUCCUUAAGGACGCUUUCCUCCUGAAGCAUGUUAGGCGGAACAAGGAGGGCUUCGUUAGUCUCAAACUAGUGUCCAGCUUCAAAAGAGUUCGUCAACUUACACGGGAGUGGAAGGUUGUGGGCGAUGCAGUGCGUCGCAAGUCCCGCAAGAUCGAGCUCAAUGAUGUGGGAACCAAGGUGCGAAGGAUUGAUCCGUUGCCCAGUUUCGAUGAGACCAUGCCCUCGCGUACAAUUGUGGCCUGUGAUCUGCCCAUGGAUAAGUUGACCAUUGAAAAGGUCUCGGAUCUGUUCUCCCGCUGUGGGGAGAUUGCUCUCAUCCGCAUCGUGAAACCAGGAAUGGCCAUACCCGUGGAUGUGCGUCAGUUCAUGAACAAGUAUCCCGAGCUGCAGCAGAAGGAAUGCGCCUUGGUGGAGUACCUGGAGUCCUCGUCGGCUCGGGAGGCUCUACAUCUGAGUGGACCCUUUCAGGUGUAUGAGAUGGUGGCGCCCAAGAAGAAGACCGGCAAGAAGGCGGCCGUCAUCCAGAUUGCCGCUCCGGUGGCUCGCAUGGUGGAGAACUAUCGCUACUACAAUGAUGCCAGCUAUGAGAGGAGUCGCGGUGGCAGCUUCUCCGGCCAUGAGACCGUUCCGGAUCUACGCUUCAAGCUGAAGAGGAACAACUCGGAUUUCCAGCCGAGCUACUAUCAGCAACAGAUGGCGCCCAACUACCAUGCCAUGCCCUAUCAGCCGCAGCAUCAGCAGCAACACUUCCAGCCAAGGGGCAGCAUUGGAUCCGGUGGCAUCCAGAACCAGGAUGCCCCCGGUUUUUUCGGCUAUGGUCCCAGGCGUUACAGCAACACGUCAACGAUCUCCGCCAACACGGCGGCUGCCUUGGCCGAAUGCUCUCCUACGUCUGCUGCUGCAGUUGCUUCCCAUUCUGGAGGUAAUCCCAUUAGUAAUCUACAGAGGCGUCUGUCCAACUGCUCCGAGCAGAAUUACACACCCGAGGGAAAUGCUUCCAUGUCGAGGAGAGCCAGUAACUGUUCGGUAACCGAUACAGGAGCUCCUCAGCGAAGGGACUCCAAUUGUUCGGAGAGUUGUCCUUGCUCGCGACGCGUCUCCGACUUUGGACAGACACCAGCUGAGAGCAGUUUCCGGAAGACCUCGGUGUGCUCCAAUGGCAGUUGUCCCGGCAACCAAGCCCAGCAGGAGCGUCGCUUCUCCAAUGGAUCCAUGCAGUUCGAGAGGACCUUUUCGAAUGCCAGUGAGAACGGUGGCUUCUAUCGUCGUCCUUCGAAUGAUUUCAAUAUCGAGAGGGAACCCAUCCAGACGGAUCAGAUGGUGGGCGGUGGCGGUGGUGGCUACCAGGUGUGGCCCCGCAGGUACUCCAAUAACUUCCAGCAGCUGAGCAACAAGCUGGCGGCCUACGACAAUGCCCAGUAUAUUGGCGGCAGGCGCAUUUCCACGGACUCGGGUUACGAUCGUCGGUAUUCCUUUGGGUCGGAGUUUGAAGGAUCUCCUCGCUCACGCACUGGAAGCUUCCUGAACAACUACAAGCAUGGAGGUGGAACCGAUGUGUACGAUGGACAGCCUAGAUCUCGGACUGGCAGCUUCCUCGAUGGCUCACCUCGCUCCCGAUCGGGAUCCUUUGCCCAACGGGCGGCCGAGAGCCUGGUGCGCACUCCCAUCGGUCCGGAUGGGAGCAAGGGAUUUGGCCAGCGGGCCAGGAAGUUUGGCCAGGCCAUAUCACCUGUCUAGAAGAGAAGAAUGUAGAAUUUUGUUGAUUAAUUUUAGGGGAAUGAUAAAACAUAAACUGUUAUAGAACUCCGUUUAGUGCGGGUAACUGUAUGUGAAAUUAAUGGCUGUACACUGUGAUGCUGUCCAACUUGUUAAAUGUCCCACAAAAAAUACACACACACAUAUGUACACCCCUAGACCAACUUAGGUUAGAAACAGAGAAACUUAUAUUAUCAAUGAAUUUUACGAAUAGGUUUUGUCAGGUUAAUGUGGAACCUUGCCUGCCCAUUAAAAUAUAUAUUUUACUUAAGCAUUUUAAUAUGCAACAUAACUACAACAAUCACUGCCAAUAGUUUAAGUUUAAAGAAAAUUUAUGAAAUCACUUAUUAAUUGGCUUGGUAGACGCAUAAGAUACAACUUAACUAAUCAGAGUAAUCAAUAUAUAUGAUUGACCAUUAACCAGUUGAUAGUUUGUAGGUUUUAUUAAUCACUAUUGUUAUUAUUAUUAUUAAACAACAAUUACUAGAAGUAGAGAACGGGCCCAACUAUAUUCACAAAGUCUCACAUGACUUCUAGAUUUUCUAUUAUAGCUGCGUAUAUCCUUAUGAUAAUCCACUGCUGACUUAUAUGCAGAUUUAUUGAUGUUUUUAUUGCCAAUAAAAGAUCGCAGUUGGCGUUCAAUUAGGUUAGAGAAAUAUAUAGGAUAGUCAGAAACCCAUAAAUAAAACGGCUGCCAUAAAAUUCAGAUAUAUAGAAACGUGGCCAUAGUUACCAGAUGCAAAAUAAUACGGAUGUAAUUGGGAGAAGGUGUGCCAGGGAUCCAAGUAAAAAUUUAAUUAGAGUCUCAGGUCAUUAGAUUUAACAUUACCCAGGUUCCACAUUAUCUUCACAAUCCCGAUAAUCGUAAUUUUCCCCAACUUUUUCGUUUUUAUUUUUUAUGUUUAUUAUUUCAACACACCUUUUAUUUUUCAAUUAAACUUAUAGUUAGCUUAAUGAUUACAAACAUUUAGAUUUAGGAAAAUUGGUUGUCCUUCGAUUGGAGGAAACAGCAAAACGGAAUACUACAGGAGAGAAUAAAAAUAUUUUUCAUUUUUAGCUUUUAAUUUUUAAU